AAUCACAUACAUUAAACAGAUUAAAAGAUAAGGCCUAUUUUAAACAUUGUUGUUUUUUUAAAAAAUUAACAUUUUUUGAAAGGAGACCUGUCAAGUUAAGGCCUCUACAGGUGGUGGUAACUAUUAUAACGAAAAAAUUCUUGGGUAAACUUAUGACAGGGUAUAGUUAAUAAGAUGUAAACUAUGAGUGAAGAAUUAUUUAUUAUCUAUUAUAUAAGAUUUGGGCCAUGAACCAAUCACCAAGUGUAUGUGAUGUUGUAGGAAGAAGAAAGAAGAAGAAAUGACUGGGUUAACUGUUGUGAAGCAACUGAAGAAUAAAAGAAGAAGAAAAUGACGCAUGUGGAUAUCAGACGAUCUUUCCUUGUGAGAUAUAAAGGACUUUUUCUCACCCUUCACCUUAAAAUUACCUCAACUCACACAUGGCUACCCCCCUUGUCAAUAAAUAUAAAACAUCACAUCUUGCUACUCAGUUUAUUAAUGUUGAACAUUUAUUUGUUUUAUUGUCGAUCAAUAAUGAAACUAUUAUUUUUGGCGCUGUCUACAUUCCACCAGGGUUAAAUCAUGAUGCUUGUAUUGAUCAUUGUUCUGCUGUUGAGCAUAUAGUGGAAAACAACCAUAACAAUAAGCUAUACCUUUUUGGGGACCAUAAUCUUCCACAUGCUACAUGGAAUUAUUCGUAUGAUGAUGGUCUCUCUGACUCUUGCCCUGCAGAAUAUCCAGCCAUAAUAAUUAGUGAGAGUUUUUUCUACUUGAAUUUGAGUCAGGCCAAUGGAAUUCCAAAUCCUCGACUUAUGUAGGAAUUCGGUUACUAUCGAGACAGCUGUAGACACCUUAUUGCCUAAUAACUUCCACCAUGUUGCAAUUUCAUGUCAAUUAACUGUCAGUGAUAUUUUAUUUCGUAUAUAGGGUGUUCCCUAACUACGGUACAAAACUUUAAAAGGUGAUUCUAUAAAAUGAGACAUCUCCGGAUGGAUGGAUGGAUGUAUGUAUAGAACGAUCUAAGGAACUUCUGUACCGUAAUUAGAAAACAUCUUGUAUAUUCUUGUAGGGCUCAUUAAAAUCACGUAGAGUAUUUUUAAUUUUAUUCCUUGGAUAUUCUGUAUAUAACAAAAUUAUCAUGUAAUUUAAAUAAAAAUGUCAUGUUGACAAAAGUAGUAAUUCAUUUUUAUUUUUAUUGAUCACGUCGUUGUAUGUUUUUCAAUAGUGACUUCGAAAAAUAAAAAGACUUGUCAAAAAAGAACGAAUUUUUAUCUUCGUUUGAAACAAUUUUAACCUAUUAAAACAAAACCUAACCUUACAUAACAGUUGUUCAUUAUUAUGGGAACCAUUCUAUUCAAGAUACAUUGUUACAAAGAUACGAGUACGUAUACGAUUCAAUCUCUUAUUAUUAUUUAAGAUGUCUGUCAAUUAAUUCUAGUAAUGUCAAAAGAAACACAAGCACAAACAUGUUGCGAUAUGAUUUCUGACAUUUUCACUGUUUUAAAAUGCGUGAAUUUCCAAAAAUAAUUUCGUGCAUUGUUUGCUAGACUGUGGAUUUUAUUUUUAAAUUAAAUUAUAUAUUUCCUAAACCAGAGAAAUUUCAUUAUUCUUCCUCAAAUAUUUAUUUUUAUGAAGAUUAUAUAUUUAAUACAAGACUUGUAUAUUUUCUAUGAGAAAAAUUUCAUAUGAAAAACGAAACUAAAAUAAAAUUUACAGGUGUAUUUUUUUAAAAUAUACUUACC